GUACUAUUUUGUAUUAUUGUAUUUCUGUGAAAUAAAUAAAAAGUUAUACUGUAAAUUAACAAUUAUUUUUUAUUGUAGCUUUUAGUGUUGACUGUUAAACGUAUUGCCUAGUCCCUCGAUAUUUGACACGGGAUCAUGUUGAAUACUAAUAUCGUUUAAAACUAACAAACUUGCAAUAUUAUUUAUUGAUAGUUCAAUUUUUUUACCUUUUGCCGCCUCCAAUACAUAUUUUCUAAUGGUACAUUUUUUACAUAGUGUACGGCACUAGUUACCAACCAUUUCUCGAGUCGUCAACUCAGAUUAUAAUUAUAAUUGCUCUACCCAUCGAAAAUUAUUUGGGAUUUCAUUGAUGUUUUUCAACUUGGACCCUUUGACAUAUGAACAUUCCAGAACAAAUUGAAAUUGGACUAAAAAAUAUCAUUGAAAAGUUUUUGUUGGUAAAUUCAAAUAUAUUGUUAAUUUGUUUGUACGAUGUCGUAUGCAAACGCUUUAUCAAAAAAUCUGACAAAAACACCCUUUGAGUUUAAAAAUCUACCUGAUGAGAAAAUAUUGUUUGUAAUAGAUUCAUAUGCAUUGUCUAAAAUUGACAUUGAUUUCAGUCCUACUAAUAUAGAUUCAAUGUCUAGUGUGGCAAUAAUUCGAAGAGCAUACAGAUAUUUUGCAUUACAGAAGAAUCGGUUCCAAAAUAACUCUUUUGGUAUUUGUCUGUUAACUCCACACUCAUUUAAUCUAGUUAUGGAUUUUACAUCAAAUAUUAAUGUUGUGAUUGAAAAAUUAUCAUCCAUAUUGAAUCAAAAUGAUAGACCUGAAGAAGUUGCUGCAUAUGAUUUCGGUCCUUUGUUAAAAUAUAUUGGAAAAUUAAGGAAUCUUCACAAAGAUUGUAUAUUUAGAGUUAUCAUGACUUAUAACAGAGAUGACUGUUUACCGAUUAUUGAACCACUAGACAAAAAGACGUUUAAUAUUUUCUGUUCACCAACAUUUUAUUUCGAUACCGUUUAUGUCUGUGAAAAUAAUAUUGAAACAGAUGAGAUGGCUCAAACUAUUUAUGGUAAGUUGGCUCUAUUGUGUAGUACUUGGUCUCAAAAAAUAUGUGUCCAACGUAAACCAAUGGCUAUUUUAAAUGGAAUUACAUCACUGUUGCCUCAUCCCUAUACAAGAGAACUUACCACAAAAUGAUAAUUGUUUUAUUGUUAAAAAUAUUUACAGUUAAAACAUGUAUAUUAUAAGUAAACCAAGCCUGAUUAUUGAGUAUAAAAUGUAUUAUUUAAUUUCUUACAUAUUUUUUUAUCUUUAUGUACUUAUUAUUGUUACCUAAUAAAACUGUUGUAAAGAUGAGAACUCAA